AGCAGAAAUGCACAACAUGAACAAACCUUUUGAGCCUGUUUUUAGUGUAAUUCAACCGAACAAGCCUGCUACCAAACCAAAAGCUGUAGCCAUGGACACUUUUCCAUUCUCCGAUAAAGUAACUGAUGAAAAUGAAAAGGGAAAUCAAAACGACACUAGUUUGAACCUCAGUGAUAUUCCUGAAAAAAAUAAAGAAAUUUCUACUGAAAACACAUACGACACAUCCACAGAUUCUGGAUUUACAACAUCAAUACCUGAUGACAAAAUAUUGAACCGGUUUGGACUUCCCAAAAAGAUACUAGAAUCUAUGGCAGGAUGAUUAAGUAAUGAUAAAGUAGAUUAAAAUUAAACACCGUGGUAUUUACUGUAUGAAAUUUAAUUUUAAUAAAAACCUGG